GUUCAGGAUGUGACGCAUGGUUCCUGAGAGGAAGUUAGGCGUGCGGCACUGCAGGUGGAGAUUAGCCGUGAAAUUUCGCCUUACAAACAAAGUAAAGACGUUUUAUUAAAUGUGUGUUCUGUAGUUGUGAUGUCAUCAGAUGAGGGUGUAUCUCCGACCAGACCCACUCAUUUCAUUGGUCAGCGUGAUGAUGUAAUCAGAGCUGAUCGUGUAGUGACCAGUGUGAACGGCAGAGAUGUGCUGGUUCUUCACCACCAGGGGGCGCUUCACGCUCUGGAUGCACGCUGCUACCAUGCUGGAGGUCCUCUACAGAAUGGAGACAUUGAGGAGAUAGCGGGGCGUGUGUGUAUUGUGUGUCCAUGGCAUAAAUAUAAGAUCAGUCUGUGUGAUGGUGAAGGUGUGUACCAGGCUGUGGAUCCUUCAGUGAAGCCUCUGAAACCACGCUGGUGCUCUAAAGGGGUCAAACAGAGAGUUCACAAGGUCACAGAGGUCAGAGGUCGUGUGUACAUCACCCUCAACACCUCACCUGAGCACCUUGAGUCUGACCAGUACCAGACCCCAAAGUACAGAGACACAUUGCACAAGAACCGGAAGUGACAUCACAGGAACUGGUUUGCAGCCCUGCACUGGUUUCCUGUUUGCCCACACGUGCAGUAUUGGGGAGGUUAAAGGUCAUGUGGAUAAACUCAGCUCUGAGUGUAACUGAAGAGGAUCGCUGUUCUGCGUCUUUUUCCUUUUCCAUUUAUUUUCACCUGCAGGAUUUUAUUCUCAUCACUACUGAUUCACUGCCUCCUGCAGUCUAAUCAUAAUCCUCACAUUAACCCUUAUCAUGCUGUGAGUUUAUCCAAAAAAGAACAUAUUCUGGGAUUAAACGAGUCUCAGACUGUCUUCAUGAAGUGUGUAGUGAAAACAGGAAGUGACGUUAUACACCUGCAGGAAGGAAUCAGAAAUCAUGUCACACUUCAGUGUGUCUCAUUUUUACUUUAUUUCAUCUUUCUACACACCAAUCAUUCACAUCAUUUACAAAAUAAACUCAAAGAGCAAAUCAAUAUCACUCUCAGUUCAGUUUUAUUUCACAGUGCAGCUUUACACAGAUCCAAAUGUAGAUUUAGAUCCCUAAUGAGCAGCCGGAGGUAAUGGUGGUGAGGAAAAACUCCCUGAGAGGCUAUGAGGAAGAACCUCAAGGGAACCCAUCCUCAUCUGGGUGACAGCGGAUAGUGUAAUUAUAAAUUAUUACAGUGUACAUCUGUAGAAGAUUAAAGACACACAGUGUUUACAGGAUGAGCACAUUGUGAAUUAAGGCCUGUUCACAACGGGACGUUUUUAGCAGCGCAUUAAAUGGUCAGAUUUUCUCUGUGUUUGUUUGUGUUCACACCCAGGUGUUAAACGCGAGCGAUGCGCUGAAUGAAAGUGUAAUUUCACUCCCUCAUAGUAGAUUGUGUUUAAUGAAAGGCAGUAAUACUCCGGUACACAAGGUGGCGCUGCACAAAUUUCCGUUUCUGACACCCGCUUAUCACUGAGGAGAAGAAUAGAGACAGUAUUUACAUCUUUAAACUGUUCACACACUUAUUGCGAACUCGCUAAAGCACGUACACACUUUUGUGAAUUGUAAUAUAUUUAGUGAUUUACACUGCAACAAAUACUUCUUUAAAGCUAAAUCUUUAAAGUUAUCAUUUUAAACACUAUACUCUCUUUAUAUAAGAAAUGAUUUGAAUGAUAUAAAAGUCACAGCAAUAGCAUUCACAUACUUAUGGGAAGACCUGGAUCUUUUUUUUUGGGGGGGGGGGCAACCAUUGUUGUGCCCAAAAAUGUUAAUGUUCCUGUAAACUGAUGAAGUGUUGAGUAUGAAUAGUGAUUUUUGUGGUCAGUAUGAUAAUGCAUGACUCAAUAAUGGGGCUCUUAGAUAUUUGAAUAAGAGGUGAAGAAUACUUAUAUGCAAAGGUGUAUAUAUAUAUAUCAAUAUACUAUCAAUUAGCAGAUUAUCAUUUACAGGGAACACACAAUGCUAUUUAGUGUAGAAAACAACACUGAAAGAAUUAAAUGGCUAAUUUAGAAUAUAAGCUUAUAUUUCAGUGUCAUCAAAAAAUAUCCACAACAUAAUAAAUACACUUAUAUAGUAUUUAGUGUGUAAUUCUGAAUCUGGUGAAAGGACAGCUUGUUCCAAAUUGCAUGGAAGGAGAGCCUUCUUAGUUUGUUUAAGAGCCUUUUUCCAUGAUGGACUUUCAAGUCUCCAUCAUGGAACAGUUUGAUAUGAGAGAUUAAAGUUAAAUAUCUAACGAUGCUCAUGCUGAAGUUCCUGUUAACACAGCACUGUUUGACUCUAUAGACUACAACUAUAGGAGAGAAAUGAUUGAGAUGUGCAUUGUAAAAAGCUCUGUGAAGAAGCUGAGGGUGAAGGUGAUGGACUGGCUGAGCAUGUCUCCAGACCUAACCCCUAUUGAGCCUCUGUGGGGCAUCCUCAAACGGAAGGUGGAGGAGCACAAGGUCUCUAACAUCCACCAGCUCCGUGAUGUGGUCAUGGAGGAGUGGAAGAGGACUCCAGUGGAACCUGUGAAGCUCUGGUGAACUCCAUGCCCAAGAGGGUUAAGGCAGUGCUGGAAAAUAAUGGUGUUCACACAAAAUACUGACACUUUGGGCCCAAUUUGUACAUUUUCACUUAGGGGUGUACUCACUUUUGUUACCAGCGGUUUAGACAUUAAUGGCUGUGUGCUGAGUUAUUUUGAGGGGACGGCAAAUUUACACUGUUACACAAGCUGUACACUCACUACUUUACACUGUAGCACAGUGUCAUUUCUUCAGUGUGUCACAUGAAAAGAUAUCAAAUAUUUACACAAAUGUGAGGGGUGUACUCACUUCUGUGAGAUGCUGUAUAUUAUACAGCUCUGCUGGGUGUAUUAGUUAUACUGAUAUAUAGUUCAUAAUAAACUUUACACACUGUGUGUACUUGUGUAGUGUUUAAUGUGUUUGUCGUGUUUUUAACAUUAUUUUAGUGGAAUAUUAGCUUGAGGCUUUUUAAAAUCAGCUCUUCCUCUUUCAUUUGUUUUAUUUUGACAGUUUUACAUGUUUAAGGUGAUAAAAAUGUGCAGUGUGUGUUCUGAGGUAAAGACAACAACAUAAUUUAAUACUCACUCUGUGUGUGUGUGUGUGUGUGUGUGUGUGUGUGUGUGUGUGUGUGUGUGUGUGUCCCGCCCACUUCAGGUCCAGUUAAACUCUGUGUAUUCACAUGACUGAGCUCAGUGGGAGUGACUUCUCCUUCUUCACUUGUUCUCUCUGCUCUGUUUCUCUUUUAUUUUAUUUUAUUUAACCCAGUUCUCCUCUUUGAUCUGUUGAUUCCUCUAAUACCUGUAGUCUCUUCUCCUCUCUUCUCCUCUGUUGAACGUACAGUGAAGAUGCCCAGUCAGAGGAAGAAGAGACAGCGCCGUGUGAGGAGGCUGCAUGGACAGUGGAAAUUUCUGGAGGAUCAGUAUGUGGUUACUGGAAAAAGAAAUUCAGGAGUUUGUGGUGUUCAUAAUCGACCCCAAAAAGCUCAGAUGAAAGCUCAAGCCAAGGUUCCAGGUUCACAACCAGAAGUGACGUCCAUCCCAGAACCGCUGACUCCUCAAGCUGCAACAGAACUCCAUGUUUCAGAAACAGAAUCUCCAAAAAUGUACAUUCCAGAAGAAAGGAAAAGGCCAGGAACUUCAGCUCCAGAAGAAGUCAUAGCUCCAAAAGAAUGUAGAGCUCCAGAAGACAUUAGAGCUCCACAACAGACGGUAGCUCCAGAACUAAGAGAAGCAUCAACACUGGGAGCUCCAGAGAUGAUAGAAGUUGAAAUUCUAGGAGAUUUUGCAGUUACAGAGGUACCAUCACUACAAAUUUUAGACGUGAUUACACCACCAAAAAUGGAAGUAGUUCUAGAGAUAUCAGCAUCUCAGAAAAUUUCCAUGAUGAAAAAACCAGAAGUUUCAUUUUCAGAAAUGACCAUACUAGAAAGAAAGGAAGCACCAGAAAAUAUGACAACAGUUUCAGAAUUAACAACUCCAAAAGAAACUCUAGAAGUACCAUCCCCAGACGUUUCAGUUCCAGAAAUAGAAGCUCCAGUUAUGGAAGUCCCAAAAGUACAAUCAGUAGAAGCUCCAGAUGUGACACCACCAAAAAUGGAAGCAGUUCCAGAAGUGAUGGGAGCCCACGUAGUGACAGCAACUCUAGAUACUCUGGUAUCACCAGAAGUGAUAGCACCUCCACAAACGUCAAUUCCAGAAAUAGUAGAAGCUCCAGAUGUCACAGAAUCACCAAAGUUUACUGCUAGUCUGGAAAAAAUGGAAGCUCCUGAAAUUUUACCUCUGAAACUGACAGCAUGCUCAGAAUGGUCAGCUCCAGAAACGGUGGAAGCACCAACAGCUGUAAAUGAAGUAGAAGUAACAUCAAAUAAAGAAUUGGAGACUUCAGAAGAUACCAAAGUUCCUAAUGUGAUGAAACCCCAAAAAUUACCAUGCUCAGAAAUGAAAGAUCCAAAGGAUUUAGAUUGUGAUCUAGAUGUGACAGAACCAGAUGUGAUAUUAGCUCCAGAAAUGGAAGCACAGGAGACGACAGCAGAUGUUCCAGAAGUUUUGUCUGAAGUUCCAAUUAACUUUCCAUCAGAAGAACCUGCAGUUCAGGAGAACAUCAUCAGCACUGCAUGAACACAGCUGCUGUUCUGAUGAAACGGAGAAACACGAUGACAUCAUCAAUCAGUGCUGGCCAAUCACGCACAGGCUAUGUGUUAAUCCAGUCUUCACACUUCCCCCUGUCCACACAGAGUGCUGUUAUACUUUAUUACACUGAGGCUCCACCCACACCUGUACACAUCACAUUUUAACCCUAAUCACAGUUUUCUGUUUUCCCAUCCACAUGAAAAGGGUUUUCAAAAAUCUUCAUCCUCAUGAAAAUGCAGAAUUGAUUUGUCCACACCAGCGCAGUGAGAGUACGCUGUACAGUGUUACAUUAACCUCUGCAGGAAUGACGUUAGGAGUUGUGUGUUGAAUGUUAGAGGAGAAGAAAUGUAGAAAACACCAUGCUGAAAGCUGUAAAAGUUAAAACUAUAAAGUGAGGAUUCAGGUGUGUGAAGUGAUGAUGAGGUGGAACUGAUGUUUAAAUCUGCAGUGCUGAAUGUCUGCCUCUCUAUCGCCAUCUCUGUUUGAAACAUAAAAUUGCAAGUUACUUGCGGAGUUAUUUUUUUUGGUUUGUGCUUUGGCACCACUCCUCUGCGUGGAGGAAGCUGGUGGUUUGAGGUAUUCGUAUGGAUUGUCUGUGAUCACACAGCGGAUCUGUAACUGUACAUCCACAUAACAGUAAGAAGUAACAUAUCUGUUGCUUUUGUUAUGACCAAAUGAACAUGUUUUAAAUAAGGUAAAUGUUUUAAAUAAAUCACUCUACUCAGUCAA